GCAGCUAUGAUCAUUGAAGCCACUACAAGCAUGGCAGCUCUCAUAAUUGCAGCAACCAUGUGGAGUUGCAGCUAUGAUCAUUGAAGGCACUAUAAUGGACUUCUUACCAUAGCAUUCACACUAGCUUUGUAUUCCUAUAUAAACCCUCCAUUGUGAGAUGAAUAAACACUUGAAUCUCCAUCCUUCUCUGCAUCUAAACUCUCUCUCUCUCAAGUUCUUCCCAACAAAGCUCUCUCCAUUUUCUGAAACAGUUUUAUGUUCGUUUUUCAACACGUUAUCAGCACGAAUAGCUCUACGAUUUGGAUUGCAGAUUGACAAGAGGAGAGGUGAAUAACUCUUGGGUUGCAGAGAAGAGGCAGUUCAUCAUUCAAUCAACUUCACUCUACCAGCUCUACAACCAAAAUGUCAAAUCUCAACAAACUUGACUUUGUCGCUUUGGAAGUUUCCGGAAGGAACUAUCUCAAGUGGACCCAAGAUGUCAAGCUUCAUCUGACUGCAAAUAAGAUGAGAUCAACGAUUAUUGCUGACAACAUCACCCCUGAAGACAUGAAGGCAAGGGCUAUGAUUUUCAUCAGGAAACAUAUGGAAGAAGCACUCAAGGUGGAAUAUUUAGCUGAAGAAGACCCACGAUCUCUUUGGGUCGCUCUAGAAGAGCGAUUCAACCACCAAAGGGCCAUCUACUUGCCGGAAGCAAGGCACGAUUGGCAGAACAUACGUUUCCAAGAUUUCAAGACUGUCAAUGAGUAUAACUCUGAAAUCUGCCGGAUUCGGUCACUCCUAAAAUUCUGUGGAGAAGAGCUCACAGAAGCCGACCUACUGGAGAAAACUUUCUCCACCUUCCCACCUUCCUGUAUGGUCCUGCAGCAACAAUACAGGGAAAGAAACUUUGCUAGAUUCUCCGAAUUAAUCACCAUCCUGUUGCUCGCUGAAAAGAACAACAACCUACUUCUGAGGAAUGAUCAAGCAAGGCCCACCGGUACUAGAGCAAUUCCUUUGCCUGAAGCAAAUACUAUUGCCCAUCACGAAAAUAAUCGUGGAAGGAGGAACCGGGGCCGUGGAAGGGGAAGAAGGUCUGAACGUCCAAGGCAUGGAAGGAGAAAUGGGCCCAGAAAUGGCCCAUAUGAUCGUGACCACCCAGGCAAUGGCCCAAGGGGUCGAGGAGGACGUGGACAAGGCCCACGUGGUGGAAACCGAAAUGGCCAAGUCCGACAAGCUCAAAUUAGAGAGAACCCUGGUCCGGCCCGUCGCCCUCAAAAUCAGCAUAAUCUAUGUUAUAGAUGUGGAGGCACUGACCAUUGGUCCCGCACCUGUCGUGCAACAGAUGAAGAGAUAGGAGAGUAUCACGCCAGACGCGGAACUCGAGAGGCCAACCUUGUGGAAGAGUCAGUCCCUAUGGAUACCACCUUGGAGAUUACUGAUUUCCAAGCAGCCAAUGGAUACAUCGAGGAUUGAAAACUCGAGGACAUGGGCAUAAUAGGCACUUGUGCCAUAUCUAUGUUAUUGUUAUGAAUAAUGCUUUCUAUUUUUCAGAUUAUCUUUGGUGAUUUUUGGAAUAUUAGUUUUACAUAAUUUGGUUAUGCUUGGAUGUUUAAUUCAAUAAAGUUAUUUAUUUUCAUACAUGUGAUCCAUUGAGUUAAAUAUGUGAAUAGGCAUGUCUUGUGAGGAAGUUUGUUGUCUAGCUGAUAGUGCUACUACGCACACCAUACUCCGAGAUAGGAAGUUUUUUUUAAACUUAUUGCCUACUCAUACCUCUGUGACAACUAUAUCAGGUCAAUCCAACCUGAUAGAGGGCCAUGGCAAAGCCCAAUUUAUGUUGUCCAAUGGUACUGAAUUUACCAUUAAUGAGGCCUUAUAUUCUCCACGUUCCAGAAGAACGUUAUUGAGUUUUAAGGAUAUUCGAGCCAACGGUUAUCACGUUGAAACCACUGAGGAAAAAGGAGUGGAAUAUCUUUGCAUAACCUCCAAUUUGUAUGGCCGGAAGCGUACAUUGGAGAAGCUAAAAUGCCUCUCGAGUGGUCUCUACAUGGCUACCAUUAGAUCAAUUGAGGCAAAUCACAUAACCAGCCAGAAGCUAACCAAUUCGAGCAACUACUUGCUUUGGCAUGACCGUUUGGGACACCCAGGUCAAAGUAUGAUGCGCCGUAUCCUAAAUUCAUCCCACGGGCAUCCCCUUACCAAUAAGGAUCUUGUGUACAGUAACACAUUAUGCCAAGCUUGCUCAUUGGGAAAAUUAAAUAUAAGACCAUCAUAUGCAAAGACUGAAAAAGACUCCAACCUUUUUCUACAAAGGAUACAAGGGGAUAUAUGUGGACCUAUCCAACCACCAUGCGGACCAUUUAAAUAUUUCAUGGUUUUGGUUGAUGCAUCGACAAGGUGGUCACAUGUUACACUAUUGUCCACAAGAAAUGCUGCGUUUGCUAAACUCCUUGCCCAGAUCAUUAAAUUAAGGGCUCACCACCCGGAUUAUCCAAUCAAGUCCAUAAGACUUGAUAAUGCCGGAGAGUUUACAUCAAAAUCUUUUGAUGAUUAUUGCAUGUCCCUUGGGAUUAAUGUUGAGCAUCCAGUUCCCUAUGUUCACACCCAGAAUGGUCUCGCAGAAGCGUUCAUUAAAAGAUUACAAAUGAUCGCACGGACCUUGGUAAUGCGAACCAAGCUUCCAGUAUCUGCGUGGGGCCAUGCAAUUUUGCAUGCAGCCAUGUUGGUCCGACUGAGGCCCAUUGCCACCCAACCUUAUUCCGCGUUACAGUUGGUGACUGGGUACGAACCUGAUGUUUCGCACUUACGUGUAUUUGGGUGUGCAGUUCUCGUGCCAAUUGCGCCGCCACAACGUACAAAAAUGGGUCCUCAACGAAGGAUGGGCAUAUAUAUCGGUUAUGAAUCUCCAUCCAUUAUACGCUUUUUAGAGCCCUUGACAGGCGAUCUCUUUACCGCUAGAUUUGUGGAUUGUCACUUUGAUGAGACAGUCUUCCCGCCGUUAGGGGGAGAUAAGAACGUUACCGUUCCUGAUGAACGACGUGAAUUGACGUGGAAUGUCCCCACUAUGUCUCAUCUUGAUCCCCGAACCGCACAAUGCGAUAAUGAAGUGCGAAGAAUUCUAGAUCUACAGAGUGUAGCCCAAAAUAUGCCAGACGCUUUCUCUGAUCUAGCUAAAGUGACGAGAUCACAUAUACCUGCUGCAAAUGUGCCUGCAAGAAUAGAUGUCCCUGUAGGACGCGUUGUCCCGGAUGGACGA